UCGAGGAGAACCCCGCACCCCCGAAGGCCCGAACAGCGGAAGGAAGGGAACCGAACGAGCAAGCAAGCGAGGAGGCGGCGAAGUUUACUGAGGCCGGAGCCGGAUGGGGUUCAUGCUGCGGGUGAGGCUGGCCUCCUUCUUCGCCGGCGCGGCCGCCACCGCCGCCGGCGGGGGCUACUUCCUCUACAAGGACUACAAGCUCGCCCACGACUCCGUGGCCCUCCAGGUAAAAGGUCUCCAGGACUCUACUGAUGCUCACUGCAAAGCCCUUGAAAAGCGACUUGCAGCUUUGGAAGGUCAGCAAAUGACUGGGGUUGCUCCGGAUGUGGAUACACCAUCUGAUUAGUCUGUUCAUUACAAGGCUUGAGCGUGGAUGAUUUACGUCUGUUUUCUUUACCCUCAGUUAUCUUCUCCUUUGAAAGCAAGAAGCCUGACUGACAGCAAAAUAAUCUAGGAUGCUUCUUUUGUACUGCAAAUAUGCAAAUGUCUGAGGAUGAGAUGUAAUUGUUUGCAUUUCAAGUCAGAACAAAGCGUAAACAUCAGAAUUCUAAUAGGCCAGGCAAACUGAACAUGGACAAAAUGGGUGUAAACUCAAUCCCAGUUUGACGCCAGUGAAGCAGAUGGUAUCUGAACCAAAUGUCUCAGUUUUACUAAUUCUUUUUGAUGUUUUAUGACAGGAGGUA